AUGGGUCUCCUCACCUGGCUUGGCCUACGACGCCGCAACAACUGGGAGCGCAUCACCCUCCUUGAUCACCUCCUGGAAUCGCCGCUCACCUUCCUCGCCAUCCAAUUCUACCACCUCGUGCUCUUCCUGCGCGGCCGUCCCUUCCGUCCGCCCCGCAACAAGCCCGCCAUCCGCGUCGUCUGCAUCUCCGACACGCACGACCAGACAGUCUCCGUCCCCAACGGCGACAUCCUCAUCCACGCCGGCGACCUCUCUAACGCCGGCACCGUCGCCGACCUCGAUGCCCAGCUGGACUGGCUCCGCUCACAGCCACACCCCGUGAAAGUCGUCGUCGCCGGGAACCACGACAGCUGGUUCGACCCUGCCAGCCGCCCUGCCGAUGACGUCCGCACUGGCGCCGCCCCGAACCUGACGGGCAUCAACUACCUGGAGAGCAGCAUGACCGUGCAGGAGAUCAAGGGUCGCAAGGUCCACAUUUUCGGUGUCCCAGAUAUUCCAAAGAUUGGGAAAAGCGACUUUGCCUUCCAAUACACUGAUGCCACGCAGCCAUGGCUGAGCAAAAUCCCCCUCGAGACAGAUAUUCUCAUCACCCAUUGUCCUCCGCUAUACCACCGUGAUCUUGGCCUCGGCUGCCGUCACCUCCUGCGUGAGAUCUGGCGCGUCAAGCCCCAGCUUCACAUAUUCGGCCAUGUCCACUGGGCAUAUGGUAAGGAGUCCGCCUUUUUCGAUGAGUUUCAAGAGGUGUAUGAGCGUCUGCUCUCCCGACCCCGGCGCGGUCUCAUCCGGGACUUUGUUCCUAAUGAGACUUGGAUCGACAUCGUCUCCCUCGUCUACCAUGGCGUUCACAGCGUCCUAUGGAAGUGGCUCAUGUCCGGACCUGGAAGCAACCAGGGCAGCGUGAUGGUUAAUGCAGCCCAAAUGUAUGGGAACACGGGUAAAGUGAAAAGCAGAGCUAUCGUAGUCGAAAUAUAG